AUGCGCGCCUAUCUGAUCUGCCGGAAUUUCUCUGUCAACGAUGGGAUGUAUCCUGCAGGUCACGACCAUGGAGGGAUUGUGCAGGGCAUUCCAGUUGCUAUUGGCACAGGACGACGUGGUCGUUUUCGCGAUGAUAUCGAUGCGUCAACCAGUAGUGGAAGCCGAAGUGGGGGUAGCAGCCCUGAGAGCCACGAGGGAGGUCGACUAGGUCGUGAGCGCCAACCUGCCGCUCCAACGAGAACACUCGCAUACGGCCACCAGAGCCUCUAG